UUCAUAUCCAAAAAGUGUUGGCCAUUUCAACAAUCACCAUUUCAAAAGAAACAACAAUGAAAUUCCUUAUUGUUCUUAUCGCGGUUGUCGCCAUCGCCUUGGCAGCUCCUGCUCCCGAUCAUGAUGAACAUCAUGAUCAUGCUGAAAUUCUAAAAUUGGAUACCGAUUUUAAACAUGACAGUUAUGCUUUUGUAGCAGAAACCAGCGAUGGCUUCUCCCGCCACGAAGAAGGCAAACUUAAGGAAUUCCCCGGCGAUGAGCAUGAUCAUGAAGGUCAUCAUGCCAUUGUGGUCCAUGGCACCUACUCUUACAAGGAUCCUCAUGAUGGCAAGGUUUACACCGUUAACUAUGUUGCCGAUGAGAAAGGUUUCCAACCUGUUGGCGAUCACAUUCCUAAAGUCUAAAUUCUGGAUAACCAAAAAUAAAUAUACUGUAUUAUAUGGAUGCCGAUAAAAGAAAUUAAACAUGUUAUAGAACUAA